AGAAGAAGACAGGUACAGUAUUUUCAUCCUGACCUGUAACUCUUGUGUUUCUGUAGUUUAGAUGCUAAUGAUGCCGUUGGGCAAAAGGUAUUUCUAUGUUUAAUAAGGAGCACACUGGCUGUGCUCACUUUCGUCCUGUGAAAUGCUGAGCGUGGAGUCUCUGCCAGUGGCUGAGGAGGAGGUGGUUGAAUCCAGCUCCAACAAACUCGGAGACAUUUACACGUUUGUGGCUAAGGGCAGUUUUCCUCAGACGAUGAAUCCGAUACGAAAGAAGAACCUCAAGAGAUACGCUCAAAAAUUCAUCAUCGAUGAGGGCAAGCUCUACUAUGUGGGGCCCAAGAAAGAAGAGAAGAGGGAGGUGGUGAUUGAGUCUGAGAGGAAGAGGCAGAUUUUUCUUGACUGCCACUUCAGCGAUAUUGGCCAUCACCUGGGCCAGAAGAAGACCGUCCACAGGAUCCAGAGCAAGUACUACUGGCUGGGAAUCAUCAAGGACGUCGUGGACUGGAUAAAAGUCUGUGAAACGUGUCAGCACACAGAGAGAAAUAAGAACCAGUCGAGAACUAUUCGGCCAAUAAAAGUGGAUGCACCUUGGGAAAUUGUCGGGAUUGACACGAUAGGGGCCUUGCCAGAGACCCAGAGAGGCAACAAGAAUGUCACGGUGGUGAUUGAUUACUUCACUAAAUGGCCAGAGGCUUUCCCGGUGCAAAAGACAGACGUUGCCUCGGUUGCAAGAUGCAUCUCUAAAUGCAUAUACAGGUUCGGUGCCCCUAAAAUGAUAGUUUGUACACAGAAUGCUGACUUCUGUGAUAAGGUGACAAAGAUGCUGUGUGAAAGGUGGAGCAUCACACAGAAGGUCUCUCCUGUGGAUCAGCCUCAGCUCAACCCACUCCACGACUGCACAAGCCCUCUGUUGAAAGAAGCCAUACUGCAGAUGGUGUCAGAGAAGCAGGCAGAAUGGGAUGAUUUUCUCGACCCUGUGCUGUUUCUGUUCAGGACAUCCACCAACCCCACAACAAAGUUCACUCCUUACUCUCUCAUGUUUAACAGGACAGCCAGUUUACCAAAUGAGAACACAGCAAAUCGGCUGAAUCGUGACGAGCCGGAGCAGGAUGUGUACUCUACGAAGGAGAAGGCCUCUGCGUACAUGAGUGUCAUUCAGGAGCAGCAGAACUCUGUUAAGCAGCUGGUGUUAGCCAAUAUGAAUGCAGCCUACAAACAAGAGAAGAAAAAUGCCAAGCGCAAGUCACACAACAUGUCCCCAGUGACCUUUAAAGCGGCAGACCCCAUGUUUUCUCCAGGAGAAGCACCUUCACUGAAAAAAGUGAAAGAGGAGCAUUUGUAUUUGACUUUUCCCGUUGAGACGGUGCUGGCCACCGAGCAGAGCAGCUCAGAGGAUGUAAAGACUGAGUUAGUGUAUCACUUGGCUGAGUCCGAUGUAAACUGAGAAGGGUGUAGGUGCAGAAGAUGUUCCGGAUGUUGGUGAUACUCAGGUCAGUGCAAGGCACCAAAGGUACCUGAAUUAUCAGGAAUUUCAUCCGGAAUCCAACCAGCGGCCCACAUCUUCUUUUACGCCCGCACUCUUUUCCCCAAUGAACUGUUGUUUCUCCUGAAAAUCAUCUUAACUUAUUUUCAUUUUGCAGUACUAUAAAGAUAUUUGUACCUUUUUAUUUGCUAAA